UCAUUGAUUUGUGAUUGUGUUAUGAUUUGCUCGUCAUCAUCAUAAUAUUAAUCGUUAUCGUGAUGGCGAUUAUCAUUAUUGCAAUGGAAUUGAUAGUCUAGCCUAGACUUUGUUAAACUGACAAUGUUUAACUUGGCCAAUAAAUUAAUUUUACAAAAAAAAGGAGUUUUAAAAUCAACUGACGACACUCAAGAAUCAUCUGAUGUAAGAAGAAAAAAAUAUCUCAAAAAAUGAUGGCCAAAUCAAUGAAUAAUGUGAAAGAAGAAGAAUAUGGUGAUGAAGAUGUGUUUCGAAUGGGACCACAUGAGCUUCGUGAUUAUCAGAAAUAUCUAUUUCUUGAAGCUAAAAAAGGAAACAUUAUAAUAUGUUUACCAACAGGAUCGGGUAAAACAUUGAUUGCAUUAUGUUUGAUUCGUCAUAUGUUCAAACAAACAAUCGGUCCAUAUCCAUCGGAAGCUAAACGAACAUUUUUUCUUGCACCAAAUCGUGUUCUUAUUACACAGCAACAUAAAAUAGCUGAAACAUUAUUGCCAGGAAAAAUUACAUUGAUUACUGGUGAUCAUAAUCCGGAUAAUUUUAGCUCAAAUGAUUGGGAAAAAUGUUUGAAAGAUUAUCAAAUAUUUUUUCUGACACCAGCAAUAUUAUAUGAUUUAUUGGUUAAAGGAUAUAUCAAAAUCAAUAAUAUUAAUCUUAUUGUAUUCGAUGAAAUGCAUUGGGCAACGAAAAAAAAGGGCCGUGAUUCUGGCCAUUUUUAUAAUCUAAUUAUGAAAUUAUAUGAAGAAAGUAAUGUUGAUGAUGAUAAAAAACCAAAAAUUCUAGGCAUGAGUGCCACAUUAAUACCACAUAAACCGAAAGAAAUUGAAACAUUCAAUAAUUCGUUAAAGAAAAUCGAACAGCUAUAUCAUUCACGUGUGAUGACCAAAAAUUUCGAACGUCACAUAAAUCAUUGUCAAGAGAUUGUAAUUGUAUAUAAAAAUGAAAACAAUUUCAACAUUGAAAUUGAUUUUGAUUUUGAUGAAAUAUGUGAAAAAUAUUUGAAUCAUCGUUUUUAUCGAAAUGCUGAUCAGAUGGCCAUCAAUGGUGAUUUAAAUAAUGACGAUUCAAGUAAUGGCAGCAAUGAUUCAAUGAUUCAAGAAAAAGAUUCACUAAAACAAUUUCGAUUGGCAUUUAGAAAGAUUGAAGAAUAUUUAUAUAAAACAAUGGGACCAUGGUUUGCCAUUGAAGUGAUCAAAUUAUAUGAUCAAUCACUGCAAUCAAUGUCGUUUGAAUUUACUGAACUAAUACGAAGAUUAAUGAAUCAUAUUCGUGUUUUGAUUAUCAAACGAAUUGAAAAGAAAUUUGCAAUUGAAAAUACUGAUGAUCUAAAAUUAUUAACCGACCAUCGAUUAGUAUCGGAUCGAAUUCGGACACUUUUGAUUUUAUUCGAUCAAUUUCGAACGAAAACUACUAACGGAAUCAUAUUCGUUAAGGAACGUACCACUGCAAAUGUUCUGUAUCGUUGGCUACUACAAUUAUCCAAAUCGAAUGAAAAUUAUUCGUUUAUUAAACCAGGAUUUAUUUGUGGUGCAACAUCAAAAGAUUUUAUUAAAUUUGAUCAACCAUUUCAUUAUAGUCAAUAUUUAUCGUUGAUGAAAUCAAAUUUAAUUAAUCUUAUUGUUGCCACAUCUGCCAUUGAAGAAGGUUUCGAUAUUCCGAUUUGUAAUGUUGUGAUUCGUUAUGAUGAACCACAAACAUAUCGUGCCUAUUCACAAUCAAGAGGACGUGCACGUGAUAAAAAUUCUGCAUAUUUUCUUCUGAUACCACAAGAUUUGCGCACACAAAUGAUGAAAACGUUUGCUGAUUUUCAUGAUAUGGACAAUAAAACACGGAAAUUGAAGAAUAAUGUACAAGAAUCUCUUGAAGAAGAAGAAGAAGAUGAUGAAAUUGAAUCUGAUUGUUUGGAUGUUUCCGACUCAAUCAUUAAGAAUAUGGGAAAUUUUAAAAAUGGUCCAUCAACAUUAUAUCCAUUAAAUUCAUUGAAAUUAGUAAAUGAAUAUCUAAUGAAAUUACCACGGGAUUUAUUUAGCGAUCAUUUUCUGCCAAUGUAUCAAUUCGUAAAAGAUGAUAAUGAUGAUAAUAAUAAUAAUGAUCAAAUGAAAAAAUAUGCCUAUGUUUUUGUGUUUCCAGUAAACAGUUCAUUAUCGGGUCAAUUGAUUCCGGGUGGAUAUUUUUGCACACAAAGAGCUGCAAAAAUUCAUUGUGCAUAUCGUACUUGUAUCCAUUUGAUACAACAAAAUGAAAUUGGUGACCGAUUAAACAUCAUUGAUCAUAAAUUUUUGAUCAAAAAACAUCAUGAAGAUCUCAAUAUUCGAUUAUCCGUACAAGAAUUACAAACAACUGAUUAUAAGAAAAAAUUUUCCAAUUUUUCCAAUCAACUAUUAUUACCAUCAUCAUCAUCAUCAGGUGAAACUGCAGAUUUUUAUCAUCUUUAUGCAUUGGAAUUUGAUUUAUUAACUGAAAUAGAUGAUGAGACAGAUUCCAUUGGUCAAAAUGAACAAUAUUUUAAACCGAAAUUUGUUGGCACACAUAAUUCAUCGGUUGGAAUAUUGAUUAAAAAUCAACAAAAACCAUUCAAAGAGUUAUGUUCAUAUUUCUUUUUCAAUUUAUUUCCAAUCAAAUUUCGUCUGAUUCCUUGUGGAAAAGUUUCUAUUAUUGAUACAAAAUUUGAACUAAUCAAACAUUUUCAUCAAUAUCAUGCAUUCGAUUUAAUAUGAAAAUUUCGUAGUGGACGUUUCGAAACCAGUGCUUUGAAUACGGCCAUUAUGAUUGUUUUGGUGAAACGAAAACCAUAUAGUAAACAAUAUAUCAUUGAUUUUGAUCAAAUGGAAAAAUGUCGUCAAUGGAUAAUGAUGAUGAAAAAUUCUCAUAAAGAUCAUCAAUCAAUAUCAUCGGAUUAUCAACGAAAUAUAACUGUUUAUGAUCCAUCAACUUUGGAUGGUGAAUUUGAAUUGUAUGGUUAUUUGUGUCAUAAAAAAAUUGAACUUUUGUUCAAGAAAACAAAUGAAAUUCGUUUACCAACGGAUGUUAUGAAUCCAGGCGAAUCUGACACAACAUUUCAACAAUAUUUCAGUGAUAAACAUAAACGAAUACUACGCCAUAUUGAUCAAUCAAUGGUACAUUCGAAAAUUUUUCGUCGAUUUUAUGAUAGUUUUCGAUUAAUCCGUUCGAUUAAAAUGACCACCGAAAAGAAGAAAACAUUUUAUAAUUUCCUUCCACGAGAAUUAUUGUGCAUCUAUCCACUAAGUUCAAUCCUUUGUCUUCGCAUAAUGGCCAUACCAUUGAUAAUGUAUCGAUUGGAACAAUUUUCAUUGAGUGUUGAAUUUAUUCAACCACUUUGUCAAUAUGGAAUCGAUGUUGAUCACUGUGAUUAUCAUGUUAAUUAUCAUGGACAAAAACAAUUUGAAUCAAAUAUGAAAACCUUGAAACUUGAACAAUUAGCAAUGAUUGAUCCGGAUAGUAUGGAUAAAGAUGUACCAAGACCAAAAACAAUUGGCCAUCAAAAUCAAAUCACGAAUAUGUUGCAACGAUUUUUACCUGAAAACGAAUCGUCCACAACAGAUUCGAGUUCUUCUUCUUGUUCGGAAAAUUCAUUGAAAAAAUUAUUUGAAGAACUUUUCAGUAAGAUUAAAUCUUUUCUUAGUCAUACAAAAAACAAACAUAAAUCCACUGAUCAUCAUGGACGAGUGAUUGCUCAAUUCAAUCCACAUCAAGAAACGAUUGAUUAUGGUGAAGUUUCGAUAUUCAAAUUUGAAGGUAAUAUUCAUGAAACAAUUGCUAAAGAGGCAAUAUUUUUCGAUACAUUCGACAUAAUACAAUGUCCAAAUCCAUGGCAAAUUUUGUAUGGACUUACGCUAGCCAAAGCUCAAGAUUUAUGGAAUAUUGAACGUUAUGAAACGGUUGGUGAUGCAUUCAUUAAGAUGACCACAUCAUUAUAUUUGUAUUGGCAAUAUCCACAAUAUGAUGAAUAUCGAUUAACCGCAUUGAAAAUGGCAUUGAUUAGUAAUCAUAAUCUUUCGUUGAUUGCAUUGGAAAAAGGAAUUCAAAAAUUUAUUUUUGGCUCAUUAAAUGAACAAAUUCAUGAACUUUUCUUCAAACGUAUAUCGUUCAUGCAUAAAGAUGAUGAUGAUGAUUAUCUUAUUGAAUUAAAAUCAAAAGAUCUGGCUGAUUGUAUUGAAGCAUUGAUCGGUGUGUUUCUUAUUCAUGGAUCAGCAUCGACAGCGUUAGCAUUUCUAGAAUACAUUGAUUUGAAAGCAUUUGAUCCAAGAAAAGCUAAAAUUGAUCUUGAAAAACGAAUUCGACAAAAUGAAACGGUAAUUAUUACGGAUGUUCAUGACUAUAAUAAAAAUCUGGAAGAGAUUCCAUUACCAGAAAUUCGAGCAAAACUGUUCGAUUUUAAUCCAACGAAACCACAGAAUUAUAAUGUUUUCGAAAGUUUUUAUCGGGAAUCUUUGUUGAAUGAUGUGGAAGAAAUUAUCGAUUAUAAAUUCAAUAACAAAUACUAUUUAUUGGUAGCAUUCACUCAUGCAACACAUGAUCGAUCUGAAAUGCUUCAUUCGAUUCUGAUCCCGAGCUAUCAACAGCUGGAAUUUUGUGGUGAUGCUAUUCUUGAUCAUUUGGUUACAAUGUAUCUGUUUGUACGUGAUGAACAAUUAGGUCCACAUGAAAUUUCAGACAUACGAUCAGCAUUGGUGAACAAUAUGUUCUAUGCACAUAUAAUGGUCAAAUUUCAGCUUUAUAAAUACAUUCGUCAUUCAUCGGUGGCUAUCACUGAUUCGAUUGCUAAAUUUGUCAAUAAAUUUCGACAAAAUUCUGUUGGAACAUUAUUGGAAUUGAUUAGUGGUGGACAAAAUGAAUUUCAUUCGCAAGAUAUUGAUGAAAUAGAUGUUCCAAAAGUACUGUCCGAUGUAUUCGAAGCAUUAGUGGCUGCAAUCUAUUUGGAUUGUGAAUUUAAAUUGGAUAUUGUUUGGCAGGUUGUUUAUCGAAUGAUUAUCCGUGAAACUCAUCACUUUUUAAAAAAUCGACCAAAAAUGCCAUUGAGUCGUUUGUAUAAUGAAUAUCCUAUCCAUUCAUUCAGUGAUGUAACAACCAUUGUACAAUCAACAAAAAUGCAAUUGUUAAAUCAAUCAGAAAUGAUGGUAACAUUGACUGUUGAACCAUACGGAACAUUUGAUGGUCGUGGCUGUAAUCGUCGACAAUGUCGUACAUCGGCUGCAAAAAAAUUCUUUACACAUCUUCGAAAAAUCAACGUAAAACAAACAACAACUAGUGAUGAGAACAUGUGAUGAAUGAAUGGUGAUUUUUCUUGGUUUUAAUAUUUUUUUUUUUAUUCAAAUUCUAUUUCUCUGAUUUUAUAAUCCAUAAUUUCUUUCAAGUUUUAUUAAUAACAUUCGAUACUCUUGGGUACGACAAUUUAUUCUAAAUAAUCAAUUUUAUUUGACAAAAAUCAAGAGAUUUUUCUUGAAUAAGAUCGAUUAUUCCGGAUAAAUGUCAAAAGAAUGGCGCGAAUUACCCGAGAAUUUUUUUUUCACAGAGUGCUAAAUGAAAAUUUUUACAAUAAAAAUGUUUCCAGAAUUUUUU